AUGUCGACGUCUACUGUGGACACCCGAUCGCGCAGCUCGUCGUCUAUGCCGAGUACGCCGUCGAGCACGACGACCGAUACGACGGAUAAUACGCCUAUCAUCCCCCCCGCCGCGCCGCUCGACCCGCAACGCGCGCCCAACAAAGCCGAAUUCCUCGCCAUCCAAAGCGGGCUCAAGCGCCGUCCUCCACCGAGCGCGAGCGCGAGCUUGCAUACGAGCACCUACAGUGUCGCCACGACUGCUACGGCUGGCGCGACUAGUGGUGAGGGCACCGACGACGGUAUCUCAGAAGACGGAAGCGCCUCGGUGGACUCGCAUGGCGUAUCCCGUACCCCAGCGUCCCCGAACGGACCACAGCAGAGCCGGUUGAGACGACAGCUGUACGGAUUGCAGGGACCUGGAAGUCCGGAGGGGAGUACGUUUGCGCUGCCGUAUGGCGCUAGCAGGAACGGAUCGGCCGAGACGUUCGCUACUGUCAACUCCGACGAUGUGCGGAGGGGCGGGUACAGCAAUGCGGGGGACGAGCCGGACUUUGAUAUGCUUGAGGACCCGCGAUCUUGA